GGUGCUAUUGUCUCGUUUCCUGUGGCCGUGCGAGCAGCUCUCCGCGUACACGCACGCGCAUACGCACAAACCCCCCGGGUGAGCAGGCGCGGUGGAUGUGAUGAGGUCCCAUUAGUAGCGGACGGACGGAGCGAGUCGUCAGGAUUCAAUGGGAGAACUCUCACAGUUUGCUGUCGCUAACUGGCUGAAAAGCGGUUUUAUGACUUGUUCGUUUUAGUUUGGUCCAGUUUGACUCGGGACAGUUGGAAACUCGGAGCCAAGCAGGCUGAGCAGCACCAAGACACUGGGGAGAAGAAAGUAUGGAGUUUUUCCUUUGACAGCUGCUCUGCUGCCAGACUGACAAACAUCAGUGACCAGGAGGUGAGCUGUCACCAUCCAGUCAGCCGCCAGAUGACUGACCAGCCCUGCAACCGUGCAUCCUGACUGUCUGCCUCCAUUUGUGUGUCUGAAUGUCCAUGAUGACUUGGAGGAGACUUGACUGGUGGAUCCCCUGCUGACACCUCCUGUCCUCAGAUAUCCGCCCAACUCCCCCCCUUUCCUUACAGCUUUGGUGCACCCUUUUUUCGUAGAGCCCCCCUCCCUGUCUAAGCCGUCAGCAUGGCUAGCCUGGUGCUCAACGAGACCGGAAUGGAGGACUGUGGCAUUGACGACUCCUUCAAGUACAACUUGUACUCGGUGGUUUACAGUGUGGUCUUUGUCUUGGGCCUGAUAACCAACUGCGCGGCCCUCUUUGUGUUCUGCUUCCGGAUGAAGAUGCGAAACGAGACCACAAUGUUUAUGACUAACUUAGCGUUAUCAGAUUUGGUAUUUGUUUUUACGCUGCCAUUCAAGGUCUUUUACAACGUUAACCGCCACUGGCCAUUCGGAGAUGGAUUGUGUAAGGUAUCAGGAACAGCCUUCAUCACCAACAUCUACGGCAGCAUGCUCUUCCUCACCUGCAUCAGUGUAGACCGCUUCCUGGCGAUAGUCUACCCUUUCCGCUCCCGCUCCAUCCGCACACGCAGGAACGCGGCGCUGGUGUGUGCCGCUGUGUGGCUGACCAUCGUAGGGGGAGGAAUAUCAGUGACCUUCUUCUCCACCAUUAACAGCACAAACAGAGCCACCACUUGCUUUGAGGGCUUCUCCAAGAGCACCUGGAGGACCUACCUAUCCAAAAUCACCAUCUUCAUCGAGAUUGUGGGCUUCCUCCUCCCCCUCUUGGCCAACUUGGUAUGUUCCUCGCUUGUUCUGCGGACGCUGCGGCGUCCAAUGACUGUUGGUCACGGCUGUAACAGCAAGAGACGUGUCCUACGGAUGAUUUUGGUCCAUCUGGGCAUCUUCAUCAUCUGCUUCGUCCCCUAUAACUCAAUCCUCUUCCUGUAUGCCCUGGUGCGGACCCAGGCCCUGGCUAACUGCGCUGUGGAGCGCUUUGCCCGAACUCUUUACCCCAUCACUCUGUGCCUGGCCAGCCUCAACUGCUGCCUGGACCCUGUUGUCUACUACUUCACAUCAGAGAGCUUCCAGAAAAGCUUGACCAUGGGAGGCAAAGGGACAGGCUCCCGGCCUGAGAGUAUCCCCCGCAGCGACACUGAGACCCAAGACACAGGAAACACUCUCCCUAGAGACACACACACUCUGGCCAGCAAUGGGAAAGAGUCAAAGACGUCUGAGAGUCAGUUCUGACUCAGCAGGAGAGAAGGAAGGUAAAGAAGGACAGUUUGGGUUUGACGGGAGCCCUGAAUUUGAAAAAUAAAGCAAUCAGCUGUUUGGUCCUGGAAGUGACAAACACAUAACUCAGCAGAUUAGUUAAGUCCUGAGGUAAGUCCUGAGGUAUGGCCUGGGCUUUACGGAUUAAUCCACCACUGGAGAGCAGAGGAAUGUAUCUGUGUGUGUUUAUUAUGAGUGAACACUACAGGGAUCAGAGACCCAGCCACACCAGGACUAUUGUCCAGAGACACGCAGAGCCUCUAAAAGAGACUGCAACACAUUAUCACUCAGGCUUAACACACACAAACACUCACAAAUGCACUGGAUUGUGGACAGAAUGGAGGUUUCCGUCCACAUUGUUGAAAUAUGCUGUUUAGUUCUUUUGUAACACACUGAGCCCUUAAGUGUUAUUGUCAUAAAGUUCAAGCUUCCACAGCACAUUAUAUCAUGUUAGACAUUAAUGUUAUGUCACUUUUAGUGUGGUGAGACCCAUUGUUAUUAUAACACAGCAGCGCGCUGACCUACUGAGUUAAAUGUGUCUCAUGUUGACGUUUGAGGCCAUUAAAUGUCUGUUUUGAAUCCCUUUCAUGGCCACAUUUAUUAUUUCUGUCCACAGCCUUGUGCCCGUUGGUGCGGUCAAACAGAGUCUGACCUGGCUUUUGUUAGCAUGACUGUAGGUUUGAACUCAUGGAUGAGUUUUUCUACUCCGGCUCUUCAUUUUCAUGGAGCAGAUCAGUGCGAUCUUGUUCUUGGAGCAGAGGACAGCUCUGAUCCAGUGGAGAACCUUGGCCUGUGUGCUGUGUCACAGGCCAAAUGCUUAUUAUGACUGGAGCAAUGGUCCAUUGUUUGCUUCUGAAUGAGGUCUCUCUGUCUUAAUCUGGCCUUAGACUGCAGAUCUGCUCAAAGUCUCUUACACACAGCAAUGGCCACACACUCCAAAGUACGGGUGAACACUGUUGACUAAAUACCCAAAAUCUUGGUGUUAACACUGCACGUAGAGCAAAACACUAAUGUCAGCAAAUCUUACUGUUUGCUGAGUUCGCGUGUAUGAAUUUGUGGGAUGAGUGGUGAAUACUUUUAUCCAAAAGGCUUUGAGUAUGUCAUCAGUACAUAAACUUCUAUUACUAAAAUGGCAAAAUCACAGUUAAAUCAAAUUAAUUGUAAUGGGCAUUGUCUUUGCUUUCACACCUACUUCAACUUUGGUGAACUCUGACAUGCAAAUUUGUUUACCGAUAGCAGACUACUGGAUUCUGCUUUGAAUGUUAAGAGAGCUGGAGAGUCCAAGAGAGACUUGGAUUAUACUGCACAAGUUGUGUGAGAGUUUGUAAUUGCAUGUUUUGAUAUAGUUUUGCUGUUGUUAAAAGUGGCCUACUUUUGCCUAAAUUCAUCAAAUUUUCUAGGAUUUUUGAUUCUUUGUUUACUGUAAGUAAAGGGUAGUAAUUAAUAUAUACAAAUGAUUGUUUUGUGGGUGAAGUAUUCCUUUAACCAUUCUCAGAGAGAGCAAUAACACACAGCUGUGAGACAGGUGUCAAUGGUACAAAUACUUUUUAAUAAACUAAGAUCUUUCCCAUCAGCAGCUGAGCUAACAAGCUGGCUAACUGACUACACAGAAAGCAAAAGAAGCCCAGGGAGCUUUUAGGUCUGUCACUAGCAUGUUCUUGGCUUGCUUGUGUGUUAGCCUUUAACAGUGACAGUGAAUUGAGCUGCCAUAAGGGCCAGCAGCAGGAGUGUCUAUAGGUUUCUGUAUACAUACUAAAGACUCCCACUGGAAAGGAAACCUUUUUUUUUUUUUUUUUG